AUGACAGCCGAACCAUCCUCUCUCAAGCGACCGCGAUCACCUUCGGAGCACCAUCCUCUGCCUCCGACCAAAGUCCCUCGGACGGCUACCAAUCACUUGCAGAUCAAUUAUCUCGCUCGUCAGCACAAGGAAACCAUCCCGCUGGUGACGGUCAACGACAAGCUUCCUGAAAUCGCACGACUCCUAGUGGAAUAUGAUGGUGUGCUUCAGCGCCAUGAGAGUAUGGCUGGGAACCUCGGGGCUUGCCCUCUAGGUCCUAUCUUGCUCAAGCGCUUCGAAAGACUUUUUGAGGGCCCCCCCAAGGUGUUGAAGUCUCAUGCAAAAGAUUCGACCAUAAGCUGGCUGGACGUGGUUGAAUUCGCCCAGAGCAACCCGAAACAAUUCAACCUCGAGAGAACCCGCAACGGAAUCCGAGUCUGCCAGUUCUAUACCAAACAGUGUCGUGUGGAGAUCUCGGAGGAAGACUAUGUUCUUAUUGCCAGUGGCAUGCCGCAGAAGCUCAUUCCUCCACAACCAAUCUUGGAAGACGAAGAAAAGGAACUGGGAGUUAUGGAUUUACUUGAUAGGAACAUCGGACAGAUUAUCCAACUUGCCGACCAAGUGUCUGGUAGAGCUCGACAGAUGAUCCACAAGAUGAAGAAUCGGAGAACAGCUAUCCUUAGUCGACGGGAACAAGAGGUCGAGUCAAGGAAAGCCCCGGUUCGAACUGAGGGGUCGCCUUUGUCACCUGCUGACACCAACGGUGUGACGAACAAGCCAGUACGAAGCAUAGAGCCGUCUCAGUCUCCUCCCCUGGGAUUCACUGCUGUCAAUUUGAGGCAUACCGAAGCUGCGGAAAUCGAGCAGCGGCCACAGGUAAUCGCCAGUAAUGAAAUCGUCAGCAAUCACACAGCAGAAACCUUCUCCACCCCAAACACACCAAAUGUCACCAUCAUCAAUGGCAAAUCUGUCAAGGAUGCCUCGCCAACCGUACGAGCAGAACUGAUGAAGAAGUUCCUGACACCUAGUGAGCGAGAGGCCGGCUUGACCGAAGAUACUGUUCGACGCUCUUCAUUUGGCGCCACUCGAACUACGGCUAUGCAAAACCCCCCGGCCGAACAACCACGAUCGGACUCUCUCGAACUUGUAGGGACGGCGGGAAAUAGCAAAAACCCACCGACAGUGGCCAUUCCGAAUACACCAGCAUCACUGAUGCCUCACUUAAAGCCAUCAACUAUUGAAAGGGAUGAUGGUGGACCUUUCAAAUCCGAGAUGGUGAGGAGAAUGGACAAUAUGUGGAAGGGAGAUCGAGUAGUCCCGCCAUGCGACCGAUGCCGAAGGCUGCAUAUGGAUUGCCUUAAGAACUUGACUGCAUGCAUGGGAUGCACCAAAAAACACGCCAAGUGCUCAUGGAAGGAAGUCAAGGCAUCCGAGUUGCAGGGCACCUCCCAGUCAGUGACCGCCGAGAGAGUUUCUGGUCCUGCACCCUCGGGACUGGAACCCGCGCCUCCGCUGUCCGCUGGAUCUACGAUUGAAGUUUCUCGUCCGCCAGAUGGCCUCCGUCCUCCGAGCUUGGCCCGACCAUCCCUAGGGUCUGCACAAGAACGCGAAGGCCAAGCCCAGAAUGACAGUGGUCCCAAGGCUGAGCCUGGACGUAGGAGUGAGUCGGCUCAAUCACCAAGCACCUCAUCUGCUCGAUUUGACGUACGACCACCACCAUUGGUGCAGCAACUACAGGAAGCUGCAAAUAGACGUUCGCCGCCUGGGCUCGGAGCGCAUAGAUCAUUCGGAGGCGGAUCAGCCGUUGGUUCGCAAAGAGACGAGGAUGAUGAUCAGGGAGACAGAUUGCAAGCCAUGGCGUCGCGUGUUUACCGGACAGCAUCACAGAGCGGACAUCGAAUAUAG